CAUAUUUAAGAGACCCCGUUGAGAGGAUCUUUUCUCUAUAAAGAGAAGAUGCAAUCCGACCGCCUUUGAAAUGAUCCCAAGGAUUUAUUGCAAUCAGCUCUUCUUCGCACUUCAAAAGGGAGGCACAGUGUUUGAAAGGCAGCGGUCGUGAAAAAGGACUCCAAAGAGCGGCAGCAAGUGCUGCAGUACAGACUAGUUGGGGAACUUUUUGCCACAGAGUUGAGAGAAGCGCGGACGUUUGGGAGCGUGUAGCGUGUAGCUUGUCGCUGGAUUACUGCUUUUACACGAGGACUUGGAAGGACUUGUCGAGCUGUUGGACUUGUAUGAUUUUACUCUUUUAGGUGAUUGCAUACCUGGUGUUUUUUUCGCACUUGUCUCCGCUGCGUUGGCUGCAGGUGCGGACUCCGGACGCCUGGACUGAUGGCUGCGCUGACAUUAUCCAGAACGGACAAUUUUCUCCAUACAUUUUUACAGGACCGCACUCCCAGCUCGUCUCCAGAGAGUGGCCCCAACCCGCUCUCCUUCCUGGCCACCACGUGCAGCCAGGCGUGGCAGGUGGGGGGCAGCGUGGGCUCCGAGGGGCCCCAGUUCCCUUAUGAGGGCACGGUGAGCUCCGCUUCCGGCAUGUUCCAGCUCUGGAGCAAUGACGUGGCCCCAAACUCGAGCCUCGCGGCCCACCAGAUGGCCUUCACCGUGCCCAAGGUUCAGUUUGCGGGCCACAUGCAGACGGGCCUGCCCCACCCCGCCCACCACCACCACCAUCACCACCACCACCACCACCACGAGCUGCCCCUCACCCCGCCAGCCGAGCCCCCGGCCGCCUACUCCUUCGAGCUCUCCCCGGUCAAGGUGCUCUCCUCCCAGGCCCAGGGCAACGGGCCCUACUACCCCCAGCACAACGCCGUGGGCCAGAACUUCUCCAGCUUCCUGCAGAACACAUCCGCGCGGCCCCACCUGGCCGCCAGUGGCCACGUGGAGGAGGGCCAGCAGUGGUGGAGCCUCCCCCAGACCAACGGCUCGGCGGCCAACCACCCCUUCUCCUCCCUGGGCCGGCAGCUGGUGCUGGGCCACCAGCCGCAGAUCGCCGCCCUGCUCCAGGGCACCUCCAAGGGCCUGCUGAGCUCCACGCGCCGCUGCCGCCGCUGCAAGUGCCCCAACUGCCAGGCGUCAGGGGGUGGCAGUGCGGGGUUGGAGUUCGGCAAAAAGAGACUGCACAUCUGCCACAUCCCCGAGUGCGGCAAGGUGUACAAGAAGACGUCGCACCUGAAGGCGCACUUGCGCUGGCAUGCCGGCGAGCGGCCCUUCAUCUGCAACUGGCUCUUCUGCGGCAAGAGCUUCACGCGCUCGGACGAGCUGCAGCGCCACCUGCGCACGCACACGGGCGAGAAGCGCUUCGGCUGCCAGCAGUGCGGCAAGCGCUUCAUGCGCAGCGACCACCUCUCCAAGCACGUCAAGACCCACCAGGGACGCAAGGGCCGCGGAGGGCCCCCAGCCCAGCAGCAGCAGCACCCACACCACCACCACCACCCUGGGCCAGACACCCUCCUCAGCAUCAAGAGGGAGUGAGAAGAGGGAAGAGGCUGGGGGACAGAGACUGAGCCAGAGGGGAGAGACAGAGGGGGACCAAAAGAAGGAAGGAGAGGGAGAGAGAGACUCUGAGGAGCGAGACACUUUGAGCUAUGGACGCACAUGUUCCUGACAUACAUACAAAGUGAACACUGGUGCACUCGACAACGCUCAGACUGUGUGUGCGCGCUCUCUCACUAGUGAGACACAGUUCGGGCAAAGCUGCUAAGCCAUAUUUGCUACAAAACAGACUCUAAUAUUAGCCUACUUUUGAUACCACUGGAAGAAAAAGUUGGGAGGACAUUUGUCUGAAAGGUAACAAAGAGCUGCUGGACUGCACGAUUUGCCAGUGCAACGCACUACGUGAUAUAAAUACACUGUGUGGAGACACUGGACAAGACACAAACUGACCAUGGACAAGGGUCCUGCAUUCUACUGUAAACCACUGCCAGCUCAAACCUGUCAACUGCAACUCUAAUCGGCCGUAAUGUACAUAUAUCCAACAUGACUAAUUAACUUCUAGGUGGCUUGUAUCUAUUGGGUUUCCCAUGUAAUGUCAAUGCAAUAACUUUGAGCCAGUUCAAUGUAUGUUAUAUACUAAGUGGAAGAGGUUCAGGUAGCAUUCAUUUGAAAGCACAAGUAAAAAUAAUUUAUAAUCUUUAGUUGCGGUGAUUACAUAUGUUUCUGAAGAAAAUGUUGCCUUAAUUAAAUAUGGCUCAUUUUGUAGGUGUCCACAUAUAUAUUUUUUGUCAUCAGUGAUAUAUUUAACAUUUUAAUUUCACAUUGACAUUAAGUUUGAAUUUAAUAAACACAUCUGAAAUCCUUAAUUUGUCUCUGUUACCCACGUUGACAUGAUAAAAGGGAUUGUCAAAUCAAAUUAAAUUAAAUUUGAAUACCAUUUUAAAAGUGUUCCAUUCAGAAAAGAAAGCCUUAGUUUUCAUCUGUUAUAUGACUGUUUGGUGUUCUGCAAGGCACUGAUGCUCUGUGAGUUCCAUUCCUUUAUGAUGACCUUACGCUUGAGAUCUGGACUCUAUAGGAACUGGU